UAUGUUAAUAUUUUGACCAACAAAUGAACAAAACUUUCAGGUAACAAAUGCGUACUAUAUUCUGAAACAGUUGCUUAAUCAGUUAUAAAGUCUAGUUAAACAAGAAUGGUAUGGGUUUGUUGUCCCCCACGAAGAAAUUGGGGAGGGGACUACGGAUCAGUCUGUCCGUUCGUUCAUAUGUUUGUUUGUAAGUUAGUAAAACAUGAUAUCUCAGACAGCACUAGUAAGAUUUUGACAAAGCUUGGGUGAAUGAUUCGUCUUGCCGUACAGAUUUGGCAUUUACAAAAUGACACUAAUUGGCCCAAGACAGGAGCUAUGGUAAUUAACUGCAAUUUGUUGGUCACACGCGAUAUGUCAAUUGGCCCAAGAGGGGGUACUGCAUCAUUCGUGGGGGACGACAUGUUUACUGUUGCCUUGUUUUCACAUGGUAGCCUCCUAUUGUUCUGUUUUGAAUUCAAAAGUAUUAUGUUAGUAUGAUGUUUAAUGUGAGGUGAGUAGACUGUUGAGUGUAGUACUUUACAUCAAGCUGUCUCUUCAUCUUGAAUACACUGAUUGACACAUCUAGCAUUGGAUACAGAAAUGUCAGGUCCCAAAUUAUUGAACUGCAGGGAAAUGUGAACUGAGACAGGAAGUUCUUCAUGCCAGCAAUUUUGCUCCGUUAAAGCUGCAGUAGGUAAGUCUGCAGACAGCAGACUCUCUCACACACUCUCGUUCGCUUUCUGUGCCCUCUGCCUGCAGACAUAAUUGUUAAUAAAUCCCAAAUAAUGAAGUUGAUAUAAUUCAUCAUGUAUAUUUAUCUGUUUAAAUCAAAUUAUUUGUGCACAUUAGUCAGGUACAUCCUCAGAAGGGACACGAUUGGCUGGAAUUAUAUUUCAGAGUGAUUGCAGAGCGAGGGGCAGUCAAAGAAGCUGGAUCUUCUCUCAGGAUAUUUUACAUACUGAUAGCUGAUGAUGUGUGAAGACAACCUCACAGAAUUGUUAAAAAUAAAUAUGACCUAAUGCAGCUUUAACAUGAAAGCUUACUUAAAUUAGAGAAUCUACAUCCUUCUUUGAAACUGAGGCAUGCAAAAGCCUUGUAUGUUAGUAAAACUCAUCAUGCUAAGUGAACAUUUUUUUUUGGAACUAAUGUUGAUUUUAUUACUAAUUAACUGCACAUUUCAGGGAACAAACGGUACCUAAAUGAUUAAACAGUUGAUUUAUUGGUCAUCAUUUGUAGUUCAUCAGUAUAUAUGACAUCAUGUUUUGUAUUCACAUUGUUCACUUUGGCCUGCUAUUGUUUUUGUUUUCACAUGGUGGACGUUGGCCUGCUCUGCUGAUCCUGUGUAAUAUGUUUUCAGAUAUUCAAAAGCAGAAACUUUUUUUGGAGAGGUUACUUGACGCACGCGCACACACACGCACUCAACAUGGCAACCACACUGGAACUAAUAGGUGGUCAAGGAGGCAGUUCAUUUGAAUUCCACGGCAUGAACAACGGUGCCACCCUCAAGAAGAUCGGAGUGGCGGUGGGAGGCUCGCAGGUCAAAGCUGUGCGGGUGGAGCUGACCGACGGGAAAGUAGCGACUUUUGGAGAUGCAAACACUUUCAAUGAGUUUGAGUUCAAACUCGGCGAGCGCAUCACCAAGCUGUCGCUGUGGGGUAACGGCGCCGGCACACGUCUGGGUGCCAUCAAGUUCACGACGAGUGAGAACCGUCAGUUCUUUGAAAAAAUGACCAGCUGGGGACUGAAGACUGAGUACACCAUAGAUGUGGGGUCCGGAAUCUGCCUGGGGCUGCAGGGCAGGUAUGGCUCGGACAUCGACUGCAUGGGCUUCCUCUUCAUCAACACCAUCAAGUCGUCCGUGCUGACCGACAUGACGUAUCCCACCCUGUCCCUCUUCAAACCCCAGGUGAGCCCAGAAUAUGUGAAAUCUGUGUCUCACCACAACGACACCUCCUUGGUUCAAGAAGAGUCCAUUACAUACAGCAAGACACUGACCAAAACUUCCUCCUGGUCAGUCAGCAACAAGAUAGAAUCCACCUUGAAUGUGUCAGUCAAAGCGGGGAUCCCAGAUCUGGUCGAGGUGACAUCAGGGUUCAGCUUGACCGUGGGAGUGGAACAUUCCACCAGCCUGGAGAAGACAGAGACCAUAACAGAAGCGGAUACCAUCAACCUGAAGAUCCCGCCAGGGAAGACCAUGGAUGUUGAGAUCACAGUGGGGAGAGCAAAUAUCGACCUCGACUACGAGGCCAAAGUGAAAGUCACCUGCAUGAAUGGCAGUCAGCUGGUCUUCCCAUCCAACGGCACCUACACUGGUGUGACUUACACUUCAGCGAGGGUAUCCACAAAGGAGAGAUGAGACAAGUAUGACUUCAUGAAUAAUAAGCACAGUGAUAGAAUGACUAACACCAUGACUAAUUCUUUGUGUGCCUUUUCUGUUAUUAUGAUCUUCUUUGAGUGAAUCUAAUUGAACCAUGUUGACUCAGCUCUUUAUUUCUGUCUCAGCAGAGAGUAUAACAGCAGGUGGGUCAUUCCUACAAUCUGGUGCCUUUUAUGUCCAAUGACAUGUUAACACAUAUUCUGUGUGAAUUAUUGAACAACAUUCACUACAAAAUGUUUUCUUAUACGCUUAGACCCCAUUUACCAUAAAAAACAAUGUUACGUAACUAUAAUACAUUUCAUUUAUAAUAAACCAUUUGUCUUGUGUGUCAGUAA